AUGGGCACUCGCGCUCAUACUGGACGUACAUAUUUAAAUUCCUGCAUCACUGUGCCCAUAGAUCCCUGCAAUAAUUGUCCAGCACCGAUUUAUAAUCGACCCAAAACAUAUAUGGGCAAGCAAACGUCAACAACAACAGCAACAAAUAAGCAGCCAUGUCAUAAUAAGGGCAAGGCGCGCACUAAAGCGGAUACGGAAACGGGACAAACAUGGACCAACAAUACGGGCAUACGAUCCUUGGCCAAGUUCUAUGACAGCAUUCCAGAUUACUCUGAUGUGAAGCAUCUGCAUCAGGCUGAGUUUUAUUCCACAUUGCAGCGUCUUCGAUCCACCAGCCGUGAGCUGCGCAGUCAAGCCAAUCCGCUGGAGAGAUGUACAAGUGCGGUUGGCACAAAUGCCUUGGCCAACUAUUGUGGCAUAGCUGUGAAGAGCAAAUCGAAAAAGCGAGCUGGGAGUGCGAAGAGCAAAAAGAAAAAGGCGCCCUUAUUUCUGGCGCCUAAUAUUACGCCCAUUUCGCAGCCAAUGGAACCGGUGCCGGUACCGACACCGCCACCCGUAGCUCAUCAGGUGUGCCAUAAAUUGCCUCCCAACCACUGCGAGCCCAUCAUCAUACCCGCCGCUACCCCCAACUUAUGCCUAAAUGAUGAGUACAGCCGUUGCCUACGGGACUUGAGUCGUUUGAAUAGCUUUAAGCAUGACUUUGCUGUCGAAGUGGCCGAUUUUAAGCGAACAUUGAAGGACUUUGAGCAGGAAUUCAAACGCACGGAAAAUACGUCUAAGCGAGAGCGUCACAAAGCAACAACCACAAGCACCAGCAGUACACAGACCAGCAAGGCGCCCGCUCAGCACACUGCAGAGCGCGCAAAAUGUCGCCGCGAAAGGCUUCGCAGAUCCCUCUCGGUAAACGAUUUACAGGGCAUAGCCUGUGAGGAAAUACCUACAAAGCCGCAAAGCUUGGCACAUCAAAGCAUUUACUUUCCUACACGCGCCGCGUCCAGUGAUGUGCCCAAAAUCCACAUUGAAUCCCCUUCAGUGUCUUCCAAACGCAGUAGCAGCGCCGCAUCCAGUCGUGUGCGUGGCCGUGCCAGACGUGCGAAAAGCAAACCCAAGACGGAAGAUGCUCAUAUCAAGGCACCACUAAGCAUUUUCCAACUUGAGUCGCCCAGACGUGCCGCAUCACAUGCCAAUAGCAGCGCUUCGCCCAUGCAUCCCGUGGCACGACCGAAUCUGGCGGCCACUUUACGUGCGGAAGUGUCUCGCAAGAAGGUAAAGGAGUUAAAGAAUAAUUGUACCUACCAUGAUCCGACACCACAAUUCGAUUGGGAGGUGCGCAAAACGCCUGCAUGGAAAUCCCUUUCGCUCAAUGAGUCGCACAAAGCUUUGCUGUCCAUACGUUUGGCUUCGCGCAAGGCGGAGCAAGCGCUGCAGGAGCGGGAAUAUGAGUUGCACAUGGAAAUGAUGAGGCAGCGUGUAAAAUCGGCGCCGCUAUUGCUGGAAGGUCCCACCUACUGGGGUCCGGAGGUGGGCAAGCUGACGCACACGUGUCGUAGCGAGGGCCUCCAACAUGCAUGUCUCAGCAAUCAGCAGCGGAGCAAACAGCGCAGUAGCAAAAAGAAGUGCGGAGCAAGCACGAAUCGUAGUAGUCGUUGCCCGACGGUGGCCAACGAUGGCGCCAAUAGCAACAAGUUUCAGCAGCUACGCAAAAUCUACGGCUCUGGCAGCACAGUAAAGUCCUGUUCACGGCAAUCCCACCGCAGCUCCAAGGCUUCCUGUCGGCACGAACCCGAUAUGCAUGAUAGUGCCGACGAACUGUGCAGCGUAGAUCGUGCUUUUUUAUAA